AAGUGGGAUGCUGCUCCUUCAUGUUGUAUAAUGAGUUUCUCAUGAUAUAAUUUUUGAUAUAUUACAUUUCUGGUGCUAAAACUUUCUUAUUUUUAAAUUUUUAAUCUUCAGGGCCCAGGCCCGCAAACUCGGUUGCCAUGGUGCUUGGCCGCAGUUUCCCGGAUGUAGUAUUUUCCCCCAGUUCAACAUGGCGCCGGCAGAGUGAGACUUCGGCUAAUGUCACACACUUUGCUCAAAGUUGACCCGCCGGUGCUCUUCUGAACGGGGGAAGGCUUCGUCUCCGCGCCGCGGUGGCAGCAGAGGAAAGUUUCUCCGGGAGCUUCAGGGUCUGAUGUUAGGCUGUAGCUGCCUCACCCACCAUCAUGUUCACCAAAAAGAAGAAGUCUCGUAUCCAGAUCUCUGCUCCAUCCAACUUUGAGCAUCGCGUACAUACAGACUUUGAUGAGCAGGAGCAGAAGUUUGUCGGGUUGCCGCGGCAAUGGCAGUCGCUCAUCGAGGACACAGCCAAAAGGCCCAAACCCUUCAUCGACGCAACUGUCAUCACCACUGUAGAGCCGCGCAAGGCAAUCGUACGUGGCAACAAGAUGGGAGUGGACGGCUCUCUGACCUGGCUGCUGGAUGAGUUUGACACCAUGUCCGUCACUCGCUCCAACUCCCUGCGACGAGGAAGUCCUCCCAUCCAACCUCGCAGGGACUCAAGUUCUUCAGGAGGAGGGGGGCAGGAGAAUGGAGAUCCUCACCACAGACACUACUCACACCCAGACAGACAAGACAGUCACCGAACUAGACCAGAAUUCCAGAGUGGAGGUGACCCCCGCCAGGCUCAGCGUGGAGUCCGUCCUCCCCAGAGGGAUGAUGGAGUUCACAGUCGGCCCCAGCAGCAGCCUCGAGGCCAAGAGCCCAGCAGGGCCCACAGGGACAGACCAGGCUCCGGCCCACCCCCUCCCCCUCACAGAGAUAGAGAGUCACGGGACCGGGACCAGGAGCAGGUGGUUCGCAGGGAUCAACCCAGUGAUCACAGACCAAAGUCGAGCUACGUGACACGGGACGGCAGCCCUCAAUCUCCCAGGGACAAGAGGCCUCUCUCUGGGCCCAACAUCCGCACCCCAAACCUGCCAGUAACAGAGGGGGUGAUAAAGACUGCCCAACAGACCACACGACCUUUCAACACCUACCCGAGGACAGACAGCGAGGGAGGACGCAGCCCCACCGGACAGCCGGUUCGAUACCAGGAAUCUUCCCCUCAAAAUGGCCCCUCAAGUGGCUCCACCAGAGGUUCCUCUAGCUCCAAGCCCCCUGUCAGCCACCCCCAUCCUCAUCACACUUCCCACCCAAGCCUGACACCCGAGGCCUCCCAGCACCCACACACUCCUCACCCUAACGUUCCAGCUCCGCGGCCCCCCGUGCCCCCUGGGCCACCAGCGUCAAGUGCAUCGUCCCAGGGCCGUUCACCGCAGAGGGAGCCCCAGAGGGUUUCCCAUGAGCAGUUCAGAGCGGCACUACAGAUGGUGGUGGAUCCAGGCGAUCCGCGAACCUACCUGGACCACUACAUUAAGAUAGGCGAGGGGUCCACGGGGAUCGUGUGUAUAGCCACAGUGAAGACUACAGGGAAACUGGUCGCUGUGAAGAAAAUGGACCUGAGGAAACAACAACGCAGAGAACUCCUCUUCAACGAGGUGGUGAUCAUGCGGGACUAUCACCACGAGAAUGUGGUGGAGAUGUACAACAGUUACCUGGUGGGAGACGAGCUCUGGGUUGUCAUGGAGUUCCUGGAGGGCGGAGCUCUCACUGACAUUGUGACACACACCAGGAUGAACGAGGAGCAGAUUGCCACAGUGUGUCUCUCUGUCCUGAAGGCAUUGUCUGUCCUCCACACACAGGGUGUGAUCCACAGAGACAUAAAGAGUGACUCCAUCCUCCUCACUCAUGAUGGUCGGGUGAAGCUGUCAGAUUUUGGGUUCUGUGCUCAGGUGUCUAAGGAAGUGCAGCGCAGGAAGUCCCUGGUUGGAACACCUUACUGGAUGGCACCAGAGCUCAUAUCCAGGUUGCCUUAUGGACCAGAGGUGGACAUCUGGUCUCUAGGCAUCAUGGUCAUAGAGAUGGUGGACGGGGAGCCGCCGUACUUCAACGAGCCACCGCUCAAAGCCAUGAAGAUGAUUCGAGACAACCUUCCUCCCAAACUGAAGAAUCUGCACAAGGUCUCCCCUGUGCUCAAGGGCUUCUUGGACAGGAUGUUGGUGCGAGACCCCGCUCAGAGAGCCUCGGCCAGCGAGCUUCUCAAACACCCCUUCCUGGCGAAGGCUGGUCCACCAUCAUGCAUCGUCCCUCUGAUGAGGCAGAACAGGAUGAGAUGAGACAUGUGACACUAACACCCUCAGCACCGUGGAGGGCUGCGUGUGCAGGUUCAGAUGGAACAGAAUACUCCUGCACACGCACCAGUGGCCCUCAGAGGCUACGGAUGAGAGUCUGAUGGGUGUUUCCUGGGUGUGCCGGAGUAUUCUCUUUUUCUUAAGUGAACCACUGAACUGUGAGGAGUGUAUUCCCUGAAUAAGAAGCAUGUUGGUGUGAGUGAGUGAGUGAGUGAUUGUGUGUGUGUGUGUGUGAGUGAGAGAGAAAGAGUGAGAGCUCUCACUUGGUGAAGGUAGAGAACAGCAGAGACGCCACGAACUGCCUCUCGAAUCAUUUCAGCUGACUUCUUUAAUUUCAAGGUCCUGACCUGGAAAGAUUACGGACUGUGGCUGUUUUUAUUUUUUCCAUUUGGACCUAACCUGGAUUUUAAGUGUGAUGGUUGGGUUUUGCACACCAGUUAGAUACUUCCAACGAGCCAAGAGCCCCUUGGAUAAUUUUAGAUCUAGUGGAAGCGACAUUCUAAUCACACUAUUUGACAGUUUGGAUUUUCAGCUCUACGAGAACGUCACUCACCGAUGGAUUCCAGACUCUGACACUAUCCUCAUCACACCCAGAACUUACUACUGAGGGCUGAACUCUAAUGACUCAGAAAGGAGCCAGACAGACUUUAUUUUGUAGCCAUAAAAAAUACUAUCUUUCCCGAAAACACACUAAAAAGAGGUAAACACUGGAGUUGUGUUUUUUUUUUUUUUUAACAGAUAAAAUUUUCUUAUUUUCUCCUUAUUUUCCUGUGUAAGUACAAUGAACAUAGAGAGAUAUAUCAGUUGUGAUGUUUUACUAUCUCUAUUUUGUGAUUGCUUUAUUAUUAUGAUUUGUUUUCUGGUUUAUUUUAGAGUGACAUGAUGUUUUAUGAAGCACUGUUGACGAGAGAUAGAAGCUGCACUCCCAUUUGAUUCCAGCACACAGAUAAUAGACACUAUAGACAUUUUAUUUUGUUUUUAGACCAGAUGAGAAAACAGACUUUUGACCUUUAACCUUAGAUGAGCAGAAAUGGUUUUAGAGAAACAGAAAAAGCACAGAGAAGAAGAGGGUGAGAUACACCACACUGAAAAAAACACAUUAAGGAGAGUAGUUUGUUUUUCCAAACUUUGUUUUUAUGUAGAUUUUUAAGUAACUCGCUCCACAAGCUGAGUCUUCUGAGGUAAAAAAAAAAUAAAAAAAUGAGCACAAGCUGACAAACACAAAGCUAUUUUCAUUCUGUGGUGAACGUCAGCUUUCUUGUAAUGCAGUCGCUCUCCUUCAACAAACACUGCGGCUGCUGUUCUGAGUAAAUGGUCAGCUGCUGACGUGAAGGUGCGCUCAUCGCUUGUUCACUUGAAUCGAUGUUUGAUUACCGAGUUAAUGUGUCUGCCAGCCCAUAGAUCCACCUCAGAGUGUCCGAGAGUAAAAGGAGCAAACUAAAGAUCUUUUGUCAUCCAGCGAUCCCUCGUUCACCACCAACAACUCUUAAUGUAGCAAACAGAAACGCUUCCGAGAUCGGGGGAAAGUGUUUUGUUUAGAUUCAUAUAAUCUGUCAUUGAAUGUUGUUGCUCAAUCAUCCUCCCAAAGUCGUCAGCGCGCUGAACGGAACCACAGAGAAGUAACGACGGUUCGGUUUGUGCCCAGUCUGGUACUUAUACACCACUUGUGUCCUGAGAGGCGUCUUUAUCAGCAGACAUCUGUAGUUACACACUGUACCCUGUAGCAACGCACAGUCAUUUAUACACCGGAUGAAAUUAAAGAUAAGGCCGCUGCUCUGUUAAUUAAUCAUUCAUCUCCCUCAGAGUAAUGAGACGCAGAGCUGCACAUAAACAGCCCGCGGAUACUUUGUCCCUGCCACUUUUUUUUUUUUUUACUUCAACCUGCACUUCCAAGAAAUGUCUGGUUGUUGAUUCUUCCCCUCUCUCCUUGGCAGCUCACCGGACUGAACAUUUUCAGCGGUGUCUGUUUUAAAUGUGUUUCCGUGUUCGUAGCCAGGAUGAGCCGAGCUGAAUGAAAUGAUGGUGAGUGACAAUCAGGUGUCGGUGAGGUCAUUCAGUCCAGGAUGUGGUUUAAACUUUCUUGUUUUCUAGUUUGAGAGAAUGUUUCCUCAAAAUCCGAAACUGAAAUUUGAACAUUGAUCCCAGUUGAAUCCUUUGUUCAUCACUCAGUGCAGUUUGAAUAAUUAUUAACAUUUGUCGGAGAUUUACAACAAAUUGAAAAUAUAACAAAGCUGAGAAUUGUCAUCAGGUGGAAAUCACCAGCUAAUAUUAGGAAUUUUAAAUUUAACUGAUUAUCAAUCCCACAGUUUGGCAAAUCAUCAUUUUGACCAUUGAGUCAUGAUUUUUGGAGAGAAAACGUGGGAAUUAUAAAAUAUUUAACAAAAAUAAACGAGCACAAUUUUGCUGUCAGGCUGAGAUUUGAUAAAUUGGAAAACAUUUCCAGAAAGUCAAUACUGUGACAGAAAGUUAUUAUCUUUACUCGCUAUGUGGUUUUGUCCUUUUCUCAAAAUAUUGAUUACGUUUCGCAUCAUUUAUUUUCCAAACUGUGGCCUUAAUGCUCAUUUUUAUUCUCUUUGUUCGGGUGUAAACAAAAACUUUUUUCUGGUAAAACAGACGUCGAUGUUGUUCCUGUUUAGUCUCAUCUCACAUUCGAUCAGUCGUGAAUAUCAAUGGGAAAAUCUUAGACCGACUGAUGAUGCUCAUUAGUUCGACUGUAACAACAUUUUGAUGGACCAGAUUCUACUGCUGUGUGUAUGUGCACAUGCUUCUGUGAAGGUUGUUUUGUGUGUAUAUAUAUGUGUGUGUCUGUGUGUGUGUGUGUGUGUGAGACGACAUUUAUGCCUCGUCAUGACUUCAUGCCUUAACACUUACAAUCACUACUUGGUGGAUUAACAUGAUUCUGACACUACGACUGUUAGUGAUGGUGAAAGUAGACGUCCACAGCGCUUUUACUCUCCCAUCUCACACAUCUGUGAUGUCUUCAGGUUAUUUUAAUGUCGUGUGGGACGGCUGGUGUCUGCAUCUGAUGAGUUUUCAUUGACAUUCAGCACAGUUUUCAACUUGCUUACCAAUGAAGAUUAAGGUGUUUUUAGGUUUUAUUAUGUGGUUACUGAGUGCCUCAAAGUGUCGGCCGACUUCUCAUCUUGAUGUUUCAUGACGGAGAAAAAAAGGUCUUGUCGAAAGUGAUUUUUCAAGAAGCAGAACUCCUGGCAAUGUUUUUUUUUUUUUUUGUGAGUCUCUCGCUGCUUCACACAACAGAGCUUCCAGCUGUUUUCUGUUGGUUUCUUUACUAAUGGCCAACAAGCAGCUGAGGUGCAGCUGUUCAGGGUUUCGUUUUCUGCUCACAGACGUUUCUGGAUUUGUUCUUUUUAGAUGAGAAGCCUUGGUCCACAGUGAACGUGUGGAAACUGAGGCUCAUUUCUGGUGUCGCCAGAGACAACGACCACUACUGAGCAACUCGCUCACUCUAUAAAACAUGUGACAAAAAAACAAAUGAAUUCUUCCUCCUCAGACAGACUGUUGUUAUUCUCAUUGACUCACCGCCUGUUUAAAAUCUGAUGUUGAUCUGUUGUAGUUUUGACAUAAUGUUGUCAAACAUCAGAUUCAGACAAAUGUACCUGCACCAUCUUGUUUUUGUAAAUUUCACUGGUAUUGUAAAAACAUAGAUUUCACGUUGCAAAUGUUACUUUUUUUUGCAAAUACAAUUUUUGUAAAAG